AUGGAGGACUCGAGCGCUGGCCUGGUAGCUGCGCAGUGCUACACACUGAUUGAGAUGUACCUGGUGAAUGUAUCGCGCCUGAAUGCUGCUUUCAUGCAUCUUGGGCAAGCUGUCCGCGCUGCAUACGGUCUAGGGUUGCAUCGCACUGAUCUGGUAGCGAAUUUCACGCCCUUGGAGCGCAGAAUACGAGAACGCUUCUGCAAAGCCGUUAGAGUUCUUGAUGUUUAUCUCAGCGCCACCCUUGGGAGACCGCUGAUGACUUGUCAGUCCCGAAACACGGUCACGGUCACGAAUUAUUCUCCAACAGUCGACAUGUGCAUAAUAUAG